AUGUUCACGGAUCCUUGUCGCCGUCACCGCCGGCCUCCAUCGCUUGUCUCCAACACAAUUCCUCCACAGCACUGCCUCCUCUGUGAUUCCUUAUAUUUACGGAAGGAAGUAGUGAGUGGAGGUUUUGGUCUAAGAAAUUUGAAGCUUUCAAGGUAUUUCAAUCUGAACCCUACCUCCAUGAAAGUAACACUGAUUGAUUCCCCAACCAUACAAGAAUCCCUUGAAUCGUUAUUCCCAGAUGAAGUCCAACCCAUUGUUGCGGCUUGCCAAGCAAAGUUCGGUGAUUAUCAAUGCAACAAUGCAAUGGUAAUUUGGUCACAAUUGAAGGGGAAAACAACUCAGUUCAAGAAUCCCAGUUCUAUUGGCCAGGCAAUUGCCAAAAAUCUUCCUGAAUCUGAGAUGAUUGAAUCUACCUCUGUUGCUGGACCUGGAUUUGUGAAUAUAAAAUUUUCAAACAAGUGUUUGGCAUGUUAA